AUGUCGCAAUACCCGCCCGAGGCAGACGAAGCUCAGCACGGGCACUACAAUGAUGGACACACCCCGUACUACGUCUCCCCAGGACAGCCCGAGAACCAUGAAUCCUACGAUCCCUACGCACCCGCGCCACCUGUCUCAGCACUGUACCCAGCACCGGAAGAAGCACCCUACGGCCCCAACCCGACCAACUUUCCUCCUCACCCUCAGUCACCCCCCGUUCAACACAGCUACAUGGCACCCACGCCCUUUGCCGGCGUGUACAACUCUCCUCCACCGGGUGCAGACCAGCCGCAGAUGUCCGAGAUCCAAGGACGGCCGCCAUUCUUCGUGCACUCGCUCUCACCGCCUCCGAGCAAUAAUAAUCUGCUCAACGUCAACGCCGCGUAUGGACAGGGUGCACCUAAUGAACCCCCGCGCGAGUCAUACGCGAGCUACGAGCUCGUCGACCGACCUCCAGAAGGCCAGAUAGUGGGCCAUGAGGGAGAGACGUUGUUAUCCCCACCCUCGGGUGAAUGGCAGCCUGGGAUGCCCAUGCCCGGAGACUACAGCACGGAUGGGCAAGUGACGAACAUUCGUUACGGUCGUAUCCCGCAGCGCGUACCGCGACGGUACAAGACCACCAAGAAGGUCGAACUCUACCACGGAAACUUCAUCCUCGAUAGCGCCGUUCCGACAAAGCUUUUGAAUCUGUGUUCACUCAAGGACGACCGCGAGUUCACACACAUGCGCUAUUCAGCUGCGACUUGCGAUCCGAACGACUUCAGGGACUCGGGCUUUACGCUGCGGCAGGUGCACUACGACCCGCCACGGGGGACGGAGUUGUUCAUUGUGAUGACUAUGUACAACGAGGACGAGAAGCUCUUCACUCGAACGAUGCACGGCGUCAUGCGCAACAUCGCGCACUUGUGCAAGCGCGAGAGGAGUAAGACGUGGGGAAAGGAUGGGUGGAAGAAGGUCGUGGUGUGCGUCGUCAGUGACGGGCGCAAGAAGAUCAAUAGUCGAGCGCUAAGCGCUGUUGCGGCUAUGGGCGUCUACCAAGAGGGUAUCGCAAAGAGCGUCGUGAACAACAAGCCAGUCGUCGCGCAUAUAUAUGAGUACACGACGCAGAUCUCUAUCACGCCGUCGAACAAGAUCGAGGGCGCAGAGCGCGGGAUCGUGCCCGUCCAGGUCAUCUUCUGCUUGAAGGAGAAGAACCAGAAGAAGAUCAACUCGCACCGCUGGUUCUUCAACGCAUUCGGCCCCAUUCUGCAGCCGAACGUCUGCGUCCUGCUCGACGUUGGUACCAUGCCAGGCCCUUCGAGUAUCUACCACUUGUGGAAGACAUUCGACAUCAACAGCAACGUCGGUGGAGCAUGCGGCGAGAUCGUGACGCUCAAAGGCACAUUGGGUCACAAGCUGCUCAAUCCUCUUGUCGCGGCGCAGAACUUCGAGUACAAGAUGUCGAACAUCCUUGACAAGCCGCUCGAAAGCAUCUUCGGGUACAUCACCGUUCUUCCUGGAGCGUUCAGUGCAUAUAGGUACAUUGCACUCCAGAAUGACGUGAAGGGCGAAGGUCCACUGCAGAAGUACUUCUUGGGCGAGACUAUGCAUGGAGCAGGGGCAGACAUCUUCACUGCGAACAUGUACCUCGCCGAGGACCGCAUCUUGUGCUGGGAGCUCGUCAGCAAGCGCGGCGGCAGGUGGCUCCUACACUACGUCAAGUCCGCCUAUGGCGUUACCGAUACACCCAGUCAAGUUGCCGAGCUUGUUUUACAACGACGACGCUGGCUCAACGGCUCGUUCUUCGCCGCUGUCCACUCGACCUUCCACUUCCACUAUAUCUAUCGCUCCUCGCACAGCUUUGGGCGCAAGUUCUGGUUACACAUCGAGCUCUUGUACCAAACGUUCAACCUCAUCUUCUCGUGGUUCGCUAUGGGCAACUUCUUCAUCGCCUUCUACAUUCUUACAAACGCCCUCGACGACCCCUCCAUCAUCGGUGGUAGCGCGAUCAAAGUCAUCAACACGAUACUACAAUACGCCUACGUCGGCCUACUCCUCACUUGUUUCAUGCUCUCCAUGGGCAACCGGCCACAGGGCGCGAAAUGGAGCUACACCCUGGCGUUCGUCGGCUUCGCCGUACUCACGGCGUACAUGACCUUCAGCACGGUGUAUCUCGCCGUGAAGAGUAUACAGGGCAUUGUCAAUGACAACGCCGGAAAGCUCGACGUUUCCGACUUCUUCUCGAAUGCGGUGUUCCGGAACGUUAUAUUCAGUAUAGCGGCCACCAUAGGGCUGUAUGUCGUCGCUUCGCUUAUUCACCUCGAGCCAUGGCACAUGUUCACGUCCUUCAUUCAAUACACCCUCAUUGCUCCUUCCUACGUCAACAUCCUCAACGUUUACGCCUUCGCGAAUGUGCACGACGUAAGCUGGGGCACCAAAGGCGACACCAAAGUCUCGACCGAUCUCGGCGUCGUCCAAACCACCGCAGACUCCAAUGCGGUAGAAGUAGCACUGCCAACGGCCGAGACGGACAUCAACGCCGCAUACGACGAUGCUAUACAUGUUCUCAGCAUGAAGCCGCCGAAGGAAGUCAGCACGGUCGAUGCUGCAACGAAGCAGGAGGACUACUAUAGGAGUUUUAGGACAAAUGUGCUCAUGGCGUGGGUGUUAAGCAAUGCGCUGCUCAUUGCCGUCGUCCUCACGGCCACGGGGAGCGCUGCGGACAAGGGCGCAAACAGCACGGUCAACGGCUAUCAAAUAUUCAUAUUGUACUCAGUCGUGGGUCUGGCGCUUGUUCGUUUCAUCGGCUCAACGGCUUACAUCCUCGUUCGCAUGUUCGCGGGCGAGUAG